CACCUCCUAUAUAUACGUGUCUAAGAUCUCUAAAUACACACACAGAUCAAAGGAACCAGUGAAAAGAAAUCAUUUGCCAUGGCUUCUUCUUCUUCUUCUACCAAAUCAAUUUUCAGUCCAUCUUUUGCCAUCUCCUCUUCAAACUCUUCUCGAUCAUCUUCAACAUUGUUUCUCCACAAUCACACCACUUCCAUUCCCAAUAUCUCCCUUAAAGCAUCGCGUUCUGAGUCGCGCUGCUAUUCUUUAUUAACUAACAACGCAAUAGUCGAAUCAAUUUCUGAAGCAUCUAGAAAACUACAGACGACAGUUCUCGGCGAAGAAAAACCCACUAUCUUAGUUUCCGAGAAACUGGGAGAAGCUGGUUUGGAGCUUCUACGUAGUAUUGGGAAUGUGGAGUGUUGCUAUGAUCUUUCGAGCGAAGAUCUUUGCAAGAAGAUCAAAGAAUGUGAUGCCUUGAUUGUGAGGAGCGGGACGAAGGUGAGUAAGGAGGUGUUUGAGGCGGGGAAAGGGAGGUUGAAGGUGGUGGGAAGAGCAGGUGUUGGGAUAGAUAAUGUGGAUCUGAGAGCUGCUACUGAAUUAGGUUGUUUAGUGGUUAAUGCUCCUACUGCCAAUACUAUUGCAGCUGCAGAGCAUGGGAUCGCCUUGCUUACUGCCAUGGCUCGAAAUGUUGCACAGGCAGAUGCCUCCAUGAAAGCUGGGAAAUGGCAGAGAAGCAAGUACGUGGGUGUAUCUUUAGUUGGAAAGACACUAGCAGUAAUGGGAUUUGGGAAAGUGGGAACAGAAGUGGCAAGACGUGCAAAAGGAUUAGGAAUGAAUGUGAUAGCUCAUGACCCAUAUGCUGCGGCUGAUAGAGCUCGUGCCACUGGAGUUGAGUUAGUCUCUUUCGAGGAAGCCAUUUCCUCUGCUGAUUUCAUUUCUCUCCACAUGCCUCUCACUCCCACCACUCAAAAUAUAUUCAGUGAUGAUGCUUUUCAGAAGAUGAAGAAUGGAGUUCGCAUCAUUAAUGUUGCUAGAGGUGGUGUUAUUGAUGAAGAUGCUUUGCUUAGAGCCCUUGAUUCUGGUAAAGUUGCUCAGGCAGCUUUGGACGUGUUCGUAGAGGAACCACCAUCAAAAGAUAGCAAAUUAGUGCAACAUGAGAAUGUUAUUGCCACACCUCAUCUUGGAGCUAGCACUAAAGAAGCACAAGAAGGUGUAGCAAUUGAAAUAGCUGAGGCUGUUAUGGGAGCUUUGAAUGGUGAACUUUCUGCUACUGCUGUAAAUGCACCGAUGGUUCCUUCUGAAGUUUUAUCAGAACUAUCCCCUUACGUACUUCUUGCUGAGAAGCUUGGCAGACUAGCUGUACAAUUGGUAGGUGGAGGCAACAAUGGAAUCCAGUCAGUUAAAGUUGCUUACAAAACAGCUCGAAACCCAGAUGACUUGGACACGAGACUUCUUAGAGCAAUGAUCACUAAAGGCAUAAUUGAACCUAUAUCAGAUGCAUAUAUAAAUCUUGUCAAUGCAGAUUUCAUUGCGAAGGAGAAAGGUCUACGAAUUAGCGAAGAACGGGUAGUUGUUGAAACAUCUCUUGAGUUUCCAAUUCACUCAAUUCAAGUACAGAUAGCAAAUGUGGACUCAAAAUUUGCAAGUGCAAUUUGUGAGAGUGGUCAAAUAAGCAUUGAAGGAAGAGUGAAAUAUGGGAUUCCCCAUUUAACUAGAGUGGGUUCAUUUGCUGUGGAUGUGAGUCUUGAAGGGAAUCUGAUUUUGUGCAAACAAGUAGAUCAACCAGGCAUGAUUGGUGAAGUUGGACACAUUUUGGGUGGACAUAAUGUUAAUGUAAGCUUUAUGAGUGUUGGAAGAACCUUUAAGAGGAAAGAGGCUAUUAUGGCAAUUGGGGUUGAUGAAGAACCUAAUAAAGAUGCUCUGCAUAAAAUAGGAGAGGUGUCUGCUAUUCAAGAGUUUGUGUUUCUUAAGUUGUAGUUAAUCUCACUCUUUCUUGGGAUGAGAUUAAUUAAAGAAUAAAUUAAGGAUAUGCUUAGCAACAAAAGACAUUAAUUAGUUUGUAAUAAGUUCACCUAAUAUUAUAUUAAUGUUAUGUUAAGUGUGUUUGUGUUCAUUAGGAAGCCAAACCA